AUGGCUACUCAACAACCAACAUUACCUGUCUUUACUGUUAAGGACUAUGCAUCAUUUGCCUUAGCAGGUGCUAUUGGAUGUGGUGUUACACAUGGUGCUAUGACCCCGAUCGAUGUGGUCAAGACCAGAAUUCAAUUAGAACCAACUGUUUACAACAAAGGUAUGGUUGGCUCAUUCAAACAAGUUGUAUCUAAAGAAGGUGCUGGUGCCUUGUUGACUGGUUUAGGUCCAACCAUUUUGGGUUACUCCAUGCAAGGUGCAUUCAAGUUCGGUGGUUACGAGUUGUUCAAGAAGACUUUCAUUGAGCAAUUAGGUCUUGACACUGCAAAGAACUACAAGAACUCUAUUUACAUGGGUUCUUCUGCUUUGGCUGAAUUCUUUGCUGAUAUUGCCUUAUGUCCAUUGGAAGCUACCAGAAUCAGAUUAGUCUCUCAACCUACUUUUGCUAACGGUUUAGUUGGUGGAUUCAGCAGAAUCUUGAGAGAAGAAGGUGUUGGUUCAUUCUACAAUGGUUUCACUCCAAUCUUAUUCAAGCAAAUUCCAUACAACAUUGCUAAGUUCUUGGUUUUCGAGAGAGCUGCUGAGGCUAUUUUCAACGCCAUUCCAACUCCAAAGAAUGAUUUGUCUAACGUUGGUUUGACUGCUGUUAACUUAGGUGCUGGUAUCAUUGCUGGAUGUGCUGCUGCUACUGUUUCUCAACCUGCUGAUACUUUAUUGUCUAAGGUCAACAAGACCAAGAAGGCUCCAGGUCAAUCUACCGUUGGUUUAUUAGCUCAAUUAGCUAAGCAAUUGGGUGUUCGUGGUUCAUUCGCUGGUUUGCCAACCAGAUUGAUCAUGGUUGGUACUUUAACCUCCUUACAAUUCACCAUCUACGGUUCAUUGAAAAAGACUUUGAACUGUCCAAAGGCUGUUGAAUUAUAA